CUCGAGGUUGCCUCCGCGACGCGGUCGGGUACAGUAAUAACAUGGUAUAAAACUUUGGCAUAUAAAUCACCCUAAUCUCGAAAUCGCUGUCAGUGAAACUAAUCAUCCCUCCACGCCACACUCUCCCUCUCCUCUCCCUCAUCAGCAGCGUCCACUACAUGUCUUCAAAGCCGAGUGCUAUCAUUUUCGGUGGUCUAAAUACAUGUUCACGAGCACUAGCAGCAUUACUUGUCCCACCUGAGGGGGAGAGACUCGUUUCGCACCUUCGUAUCGUUGAUAGAUUCUCCGUUAAUCCGCCCACAACAUAUCUGGGCGCAGAGUUCCCAAAGGUCCUGGCUCAACCCGAUGUUGAAUAUCGGCAAGCUAAUCUAACCAUUCCUUCUGUGGUAGCGUCUGCCUUCGAUCCCCCGCCAGGCAAGGCACCCUACUCAUACGUCUUCGAUCUCACCGGUGAGAUCAAUCAUGACCGCAGUGAAGUUAUUGCCAUCAAAUUGACUUUCAACGUCGCUCGCAUCAUCGGUCUGGAGGCUGCCCGUAGAAAAGUCAAUGCUUACGUACGACUACAGCAACCCGUGUAUGAAACCUCAGACAAGGGUCCGCAUGACGAGAAGGAAGAUGUCAAGCCUGUGCGACCAUUAGAUGUCUGGUGGCAUGAAACUCUUCGAAUGCUAGCUUCUAUUGAUGACCUUCCUCUUGUCGUCCUGCGAAUUGGAUUUGUAUAUGGCCCUUACGUCGAGUUCGGACUCUAUCCACUAGUGAUCACCGUUGCGUCCAUCUACGGUUACAUGAAUAAACCGAUGAAAACACCAUGGGGCCCGGGAAAAGAUGGCGUCAACACAGUACACAUAGAUGAUGUUUCAGGCGGUUUAUGGGCAUGUGCCAAGUGGAUAGCCUCACUUGGCCGUCAGCAGGCAAAUUUAACUGCGGGAGAGAAAAUCUAUUUUCAUAAUGACAGAACCAAGGUCAAGGAUACCGAGGGCACGUGCAUACCUGAUGCGCAACCCGUAGCACCUGUCUUUAACUUGGUUGACGACUCAGAGAUGACUAUGGCUAAGGGAGGGUCAAUGAUCACAGAAUUUUUCGGCACGACGUUUGAGUUUUACUCAUUCUUUGAAAAUGCCAUGGCAAAGCUCAAACUCGACGACGUUGUCGAAGAAAUCAACGAGCACCACGUUGGUACCUGGACUGAAAUGCUUCAGACAUCCAAUCCUCCGAUUGUACAGACCCCACUCGAUGCCUAUAUGGACCACUGGGCCCUAUCACGGCGCAAACUUUCCUAUAACAACAGCAAAAUCAAGAAAGUCAUCGGAUACAAGCUCGUACGUCCACAGUUCACGCACGACGCGCUCCGCGAAGUGGUGGAUAAGUGGAAAGCGGAGGGCUCUUGGCCAGCACUUGAAGGCCGUUAAAUUAUUUCAUGAACGACCGUCGGUGUGUGCAUUUAUUUGAUAAAUUGCUUUGUUGUGAUUAUAGCCUGGAAUGUUUUUUGUUGUUAACCUUCUCUCCUGCAUUCUAUAGUCGUAUUCAUGUUCUCUACGCACCGUGAUCGCUCAUCAUGUCACUGUCCAUAUUUGUUGUAUCUUGCUUGUUUGCUAUACGUACUCACUAAUAUUGUGGUCAAUAAUGGAAUAAUGUCGUGUUAUAAUUUCAUCGAAGUUUUUCAGUUU